AUGGGUUCAUUUAGAAAUACCAGAAAGACGGUUCUAUUAUGUCUUUUUCUUGCUGUUUUUCUUCCAGGGAUUAGCGCAUCUGUUUCUUCUAAGUUGUAUGUGGUGUAUAUGGGUAGCAAAAGUAGUAAUGACCCAGAUGAGAUUUUGAGGGCAAACCACCAAAUGCUCACUGCUAUCCACAAGGGAAGUGAUGAAGAAGCCAGGGCCUCUCAUGUUUAUAGUUAUAGACAUGGUUUCAGAGGAUUUGCAGCCAAGUUGUCUGAAGAACAGGCCUCUGAAGUGGCUAAAAUGCCAGGAGUGAUAUCAGUUUUUCCCAACAAAAGGAGGACGCUUCACACUACUCAUUCUUGGGAUUUCAUGGGCUUAAUUGGUGAAGAAACUAUGGAAAUCCCAGGUUAUUCAACCAAGAAUCAGGUUAAUGUCAUCAUUGGUUUUAUUGAUACAGGAAUUUGGCCAGAGUCCCCAAGUUUUAAUGAUGCCAACAUGCCUCCGGUGCCAGCUGGAUGGAAGGGACAUUGCCAAUCAGGAGAAGCAUUCAACUCUUCGACAUGUAACAGGAAAGUGAUCGGUGCAAGAUAUUAUCUCAAUGGCUAUGAAGCUGAGGAAGAAUUGGGAAAUACUGUGUCAUUCAAAUCUCCAAGGGACAGCUCUGGUCAUGGCAGUCACACAGCUUCAACUGCAGCGGGUCGUUAUGUGAUUAAUAUGAAUUACAAGGGGUUGGCAUCCGGUGGAGCCAGAGGAGGUGCACCUAUGGCUAGGAUAGCAGUAUAUAAGACUUGCUGGAGCUCUGGUUGCUAUGAUGUUGACUUGUUGGCUGCAUUUGAUGAUGCUAUUAGAGAUGGAGUGCAUAUUGUGUCUCUGUCUUUGGGUCCCGAUGCUCCACAGGGAGAUUAUUUCAAUGAUGCCAUUUCUGUGGGAUCAUUUCAUGCUGUUAGCCAUGGAAUUGUGGUUGUUGCUUCAGUUGGAAAUGAAGGAAGUUCAGGGUCUGCAACAAAUCUUGCUCCUUGGAUGAUCACUGUUGCAGCUAGUUCAACUGACAGGGAGUUCAUGUCCGACAUCAUACUUGGAAACAGAGCUCACUUUAUGGGUGAAAGUCUGAGUCUACUUAAGAUGAACGCCUCGACAAAGAUCAUCUCCGCUUCUAAAGCUUAUGGAGGGUACUUCACUCCUUAUCAAUCCAGUUACUGCUUGGAUAGUUCUUUGAAUAGAACAAAGGUGAGAGGCAAUGUUCUAGUAUGUCGACAUGCUGGGAGCUCAACUGAGUCGAAGCUGGCAAAAAGUGCGGUAGUAAAAGAAGCUGGGGGAGUUGGGAUGGUUCUUAUAGAUGAAACAGAUAGGGAUGUCGCCAUUCCUUUUGUCAUCCCAGCAGCAAUUGUUGGCAGAAAAAUAGGACAUAGGAUCCUUAAUUACAUAAAUAAUACAAGUAAUCCUACAUCAAGGAUAUUAUCUUCCAGGACUAUAUUAGGAUCCCAAGCUGCUCCUCGAGUUGCGCCAUUUUCUUCCAAAGGUCCCAAUGUCUUAACCCCUGAAAUUCUUAAGCCCGAUGUCACAGCACCUGGAUUGAAUAUCCUGGCAGCCUGGUCUCCUGCAGCUAAUAAAAUGAAUUUCAACAUACUCUCUGGAACAUCCAUGGCUUGUCCCCACGUAACAGGAGUUGUAGCCUUGAUAAAAGCUGUGCAUCCAUCUUGGUCUCCAUCUGCAAUCAAAUCGUCCAUUAUGACUACUGCUACUGUAUUAGACAAGCACCGGAAGCCUAUCACAGCAGGCCCGGAUGGACGAAGAGCGAAUGCUUUUGAUUUAGGCUCUGGCUUUCUGAACCCAAGGAGAAUUCUUGAUCCUGGUCUUACAUAUGAUGCAGCACCCACAGAUUACAGGGCCUUUCUCUGUUCAAUUGGUUAUGAUGAGAAAUCAGUGAAUUUGAUCACAGGAGACAACAGCACUUGUAACCAAUCUUUCCCAACAGCAUCUGACCUUAAUUAUCCAUCCAUCACAGUUCCUAAUCUGAGGAACACUUUUUCAAUCACUCGUACAGUUACAAAUGUCGGGAGGCCAAAGAGCAUCUACAAAUCAGUCGUGUUUCCUCCAACGGGGAUAAAUGUCACUGUAAUACCCAAACGACUGAUCUUUAAUAGGUACAAGCAGAAGAUCAACUUCACUGUAAAUUUCAAGGUGACUGCCCCAUCACAAAAUUAUGUUUUUGGAUCCUUGUCGUGGAGGAGUAAAAAGUCGUGGGUAACUACCCCACUGGUUGUACGGGUUGCCAGGUCCAGGUCGAAGUCAGGUUUAAUGUUAUAA